AGGUAAUUUGAGUCCAUUUACUGUACAUAUUUUGGCUGGUGAUAAUUACCUUUCCAUCCAUGGUCAGGUUUCAAAGACUAUAUAUAUCACGAUUAUUGAAAGAGUAUCUCACAUUCUCACAUUAUGGAAGGAACUUCUUGAACACUUCCUUACACCAUAAGAUUCGUUGGUCUACUUGGCAGUCAUUCUCUUGGUAGAAAUCCAAAGUUUAUGGCUACUGCGGUAGAUUUAGGAAGGGAAUUGUUAAGACGAAGAAUUAGUCUUGCUUGUGGAGGAGGCAACGUUGGCCUACAAGGAGCUGUUGCUUCAACAGUCUUUACCAAUGGUGGUCUCGUUAGAGGUUUCAUUCCUGGGUACAUCGCAACACGACGGGUCUAUGGACCUACAUAUGGCGUAGAGCACACAGUUUCCAGCAAUUACUACAAAUAUUUUGAGAUGAAUCAUGCUGUGGAAGCUUUCAUCGUUCUUCCCGGAGGAGUUGACACUAUGGAAGGUUUGUUCACCUUGAUCUCGUGGGCUUCUGAAGGGUUACACAAUAGACCCAUUGGUCGUUUAAACAUUGACGGUUAUUUCAAUAACCUUCUCAAAUUCUUAGACGAUGCAGUGAGACAGAACUUCAUGGCUUCUAGUCAGAGGAAACUUUUUAUUUCUUCUUUCUUUGUUGACGAGCUUUUAGACAAACUAGAGUUUGCUAAAGCUUUCCCGGGUCCGGGAGCCGGUUACGACGAGUUUGCAAAUCCUGAGAGAUUAGACCUAGAAUUGCAUCUUUAACNUUAAUGCAGAACACAAGAAUCGAUAAUCCACCCUAUGGGUCAUGUGGAUUACGUACCAACCGAACAAUGAUUUGUCGGGUGGGUGAUAUCCGGUCUGGAUCCCGUACGUACGUUUUAACCCCGAAAUAUGAAUUGGUCAAGGAGGUAUAUCUUAGAGUUCUUCUAGAUAUCCUUAAUAUUCAUCAUCAUUAUACAAGUGGGUAUAUCUUAGAGUUCUUCUAGAUAUCCUUAAUAAUGUAGAGCAUAAAAUGGGCCAUACGAU